AUGCCCAUGGCUAGCUGCCGCACGCUAGGACGAUGUACUGCGAACUCUAGGUUUUCUUGCUUGUCUCGGUCCUUCGCUACUCACGCAGCUAUACCCACUGAAAAAGAGUGUUCCUCAAUAACUCCUCCAUACUCACGUCUACUUGGAAACCUGUCUGAUGUUCGGCAUCUUCUAGGAAACAGACCUCUUACUCUCGCAGAGAAAAUCCUCUACAGUCACAUUGCAGAUCCCGUGAAAAGUCUCGCAAAUGGGCAGCUUAAGCGAGGGGAGACAUACCUUCAGCUUUCACCUGAGAGGGUUGCUAUGCAGGAUGCAUCAGCUCAAAUGGCGUUGUUGCAAUUCAUGAGCGCUGGGAUGUCCAAGUGCGCGGUUCCCACCAGUAUACACUGCGACCACCUGAUACAGGCAGUAGAUGGCGCAGAAGCCGAUUUGAAGCGUUCCAUCACCUCGAAUCAAGAAGUGUUUGAUUUUCUUGAGAGCGCUGCACGCAAGUAUGGCAUAGAAUUCUGGAAACCAGGAUCUGGCAUCAUUCACCAGAUUGUCUUGGAGAAUUAUGCAGCACCUGGGAUGCUCAUGCUUGGAACGGAUUCACAUACUCCCAAUGCUGGCGGUCUCGGAAUGCUUGCUAUUGGUGUCGGAGGAGCAGAUGCCGUAGAUGCCAUGACAGGAACUCCUUGGGAACUCAAGGCACCUCACGUUGUCGGUAUUCAUUUGACUGGUCAGCUGUCUGGAUGGGCUACGCCAAAGGAUCUAAUCCUUCAUGUUGCUGGAAAGCUUACUGUCAGGGGCGGGACCGGUCGGAUUCUGGAAUAUUUCGGUCCUGGAGUUUUUAACCAGUCGUGCACAGGAUUGGCUACAGUUGCAAAUAUGGGUGCGGAGGUAGGGGCUACGACAUCCACAUUCCCCUAUACGCCUAGUAUGCGCAACUACCUUAUCGCGACUGGGCGUGCUCCCGUAGCGCGCGCAGCCGACGAGGCAGCUUCCACAGGCUUCCUGGCUGCUGAUGAUGGUGCCGAAUAUGAUGAGGUUAUUGAGAUUAAUUUGUCGGAACUGGAGCCAAGCAUCAAUGGACCAUUUACUCCCGACCUUGCCACCCCACUGUCUAAAUUCGGCUCCUUCAUCAGAGAACAAGGAUGGAAAGACGAGAUAUCGGCCGGACUUAUUGGAUCUUGCACCAACAGUUCAUACGAGGACAUGACUAGUGUCGCCAACCUUGCAAAGCAAGCCCAAGCCGCAGGUCUUAACGUUAAGGUGCCCUUUCUCUGCACUCCCGGAUCAGAGCAGAUUAGAGCAACUAUGGAGCGGGACGAUGUCACCAACACUUUGCAAGGCGUCGGUGCCGUUGUUCUGGCCAAUGCAUGUGGUCCAUGUAUUGGGCAGUGGAAAAGGGAGGACAAGAAAGAGGAAGAAAAUGGCAAGUUACAUCUGGCAUCACGUCCCGAAGUGCUUCUCAUUCUAUGUUUUAGCAAUUUUGACAUCUUUCAAUCGGUGAGACGAUCGUCAGUAGGACUCAAGUUGAACCUUACCUUCCGCACAUCCAGCAAUUUCAAGUCGCGUAAUGAUGGUAAUCGACUGACGAUGAACUUCCUCGCUUCUCCCACUAUCGUUACUGCUAUGGCAUUUUCCGGAAAGCUAUCAUUCAACCCUAUGACUGACGCAAUUAUGACCCCUUCUGGGAAACCAUUCAAAUUCUCGCCCCCUGUGGGCCAGGAUUUGCCUUCUGCCGGCUUUACACCGGGGGAGACAGCUUUCUACCCUAUGCCCAUACCUGAGCCCCAGCCUGAAACAGAAGUGAUUGUUCGAAGGGAUUCGCAGCGAUUGGAGCUCCUAGAGCCAUUUCCUAGCCAUUUUGGAGAGGAUUGCGGAAACAUGAGAGGAUUAGAGUUGCCCACUUUAAAGGUGCUCAUGAGAGUCCGGGGUAAAUGUACGACUGACCACAUAUCUGCUGCGGGCCCAUGGCUCAAAUACAAAGGGCAUCUUACCAACAUUUCCGAAAAUCUUCUGAUAACGGCCACUAAUGAUGAAGGAGGCGAUGUGAAUGUCGCAUUUGAUCACGAUCACACUGCCUUGGAAAGCGAGACGGACACUAUCCCCGGUGUCGCUAAGCGGUUCAAAGCACGCAAGCAGCCCUGGGCAUUGGUUGUCGACGACAAUUAUGGCGAAGGGAGUGCGAGGGAGCAUGCCGCUCUCCAGCCUCGCUUCUACGGUUGUGCCAUGAUUGUUGCGCGAUCCUUCGCUCGCAUACAUGAAACCAACCUCAAAAAACAGGGCAUUCUGCCGCUUUGGUUCGCUAAUAAAGCAGAUUAUCCUCGCAUCGGCGCUGGAGAUUCCGUUGAGACCAGCGGACUCGCUGAUCUACUCAAGGGCUUUCCGGAUGCUGUUAUCAAACUAAAGGUCACCCGGAGGAAUGGGGAAGUAUUCGAGAUCCUAACCAAGCAUACGAUGUCGAGUGACCAGCUCAAAUGGCUGCGCGCAGGAUCUGCACUCAACCACAUUCGCUCACAGAUAGCUUCGAGCUAG